AUGCCGGCCAUUUUUCAGGCGCUGGCGCCACCCCUGGGUCCAGUUCCUGACAACACGACGGCUGUCGGAAUCCAAGUGAUCUGCUCCUGGCCAGUUUCGGGGCAGUACGGCGUUGGAUCCCGAAUAUUAUACUACGUCCUCGUCGCCGCCUGCGUGCUGGCCAGAAAAGAAAUAUGGAUUCGCAAUGCCUGUCUCGCGGCCGCACUUCUCUUCCCAGCCGUGGCCGCCAUCCACGGCAUCGUUCUGGCCGCGCUGCACAAUGACGCCGCCGUUGAUCUGGACGUCUAUGGUGCCUUCCAGUUCUGUGCCAUCGGCAUCCUCGCUGCACCCGUCACCGUCCGGCUCUCGAGCACGUAUUUCUUCUCUCCCGGCCGCAAUACCAUCUUCCUCUGGACCGGCAUGGUGCUGGCCGGCCUCCUCAGCCUCACGGUCGAGUUCUACCGCCUGCAUCCGGUCCCGUGCACCCACGACAAUGCCGGCAAUCCGAUCCCGUCCGACAUCUCACAGGACGCUUUUCUCCGGCUCAACGCCACCUGUGGCCUCGUGUGCGACACCGUCAACGGGCCCUUCUCACCCAUGCGUGGAGGCUCUGCCAACAACAUCGAGGUCGUCGGCGUGCCCACGGCCCUCAGCUUCGACACGGCCACGCUGCUGGCGGCCGCCUGUUGCAUCCCGGCCAUCCUCUCGAUCGCGUCCAUGUGGAACACCAUUGUCGAGAUCAACUGGCGCUCGCGUCGUAGCUCGGCCGAUGACCCGCACGACGGUGACGACGAGCACGACGAGCACGCCGUGCGCAGCAACAUCAAAAAGGUCAACGCCACCAUCGGCACCUUUCUGCGCGCCAUCGAGAUCCCGCUCUUUGGCGGCGCCGUGCUCGCCCUUCUCAUCACCGGCGAGCGCAACUUCUUCAGCCCCCAGAUUUGGUACAUGACCGAGCCCAUGGCCAACGUCGGCCAGUGGACCCCCGUCGUCGGCACCGGCUUCACCAUCCUCUGGUCACUGCCGCACAUCUUCUCGCGCGGAGACCCUGACGACAAGCACCCGGACGAGCCGUCACCUUCAUCGCAGUCACCGUCGCCGCCUGGCCUCGUGACCCCCUGUCACUGUCCACAUUCACAUGUCUGUCAUAGUGCCAAAGAGCCCCUAGCCAGUAAUGACAAGGGCUAUUUCCACGAUGCCGACCUCGAGCGUGGCCGCGGGCCCAUCCGAGAGUCGGAGGAUGCCUCGCCUGACUCCUUCCCUCACGUUGAACACGUCUCUGACGUCGACAACGAUACCGGCAGCCUCAGGCGCUCCGUCCAACUGUCGCAAGCGGCACGAACGCAGUCGCGCGCGACAGCCGCCACUGCCGUGAGCGAGAAGCCGACUGAGGACUUGGGCAGCCGCCGCAAGGUCGCCCGCGUCCUCGAGCGCGUCGCCACCGUUUUCGACAACGCCAUCACGACACAAUUUACCACCUCCGGCUUUGAGUCUACUCCUGGCAAGGACUUCCCCGAGAUCCCCGCUGAAUACCUUCGCAACCCAGGCCUUGCCAGGAUCCGCAAGAACUACCAUAUGCACCGAAAAAACAGCUUCAAGUCGCGACAAUCUGUAUCACCCUCCCCUCUCUUCUCUCGGCGAGGCGAGCCCAGCUCGCCGUCCCCGGCUGCCACCACUGGUCAGCUACGCCGAUCUACCCUAGCACCUCCCUCCAACGUCUACGGUCACGACACAGUCACGCGCAGCUUCUCACAUCCGGGCCCGUCACAUUCCACCACCCCACAUCCGCGGGUAGACGACCCUCCGCGUCCUAUUAUCGCACUCAACGCUGAUCUGCUGGCAGCUCAGUCCUCGUCCCAACCGCCCAUCAGCCAGCCGCCAACACAAUGA